AUGGGCUCCAAGGCCGAUCCCCCAACCUACGACGCCAUCAUCGUCGGCGCCGGCUUUGGCGGCUGCUACUUGCUCAGCAAGCUCCGCGACAAGGGAUUCAAAUGCCUCGUCAUCGACGACGGCGCCGACCUGGGCGGCGUAUGGUACUGGAACUGCUACGCGGGCGCCCGCGUCGACACCAAAGUGCCCCUAUACGAAUUCUCCGACGAACGCGUGUGGAAAGACUGGGUCUGGACAGAAAAAUACCCCGGCGUCGACGAAAUCAAGCGGUACUUCGAGCACGUCGAGGCGCAACUACACCUGAAGCGCGACGUCCUCUUCAACACGCGCGUCCUCUCCGCCCACUUCGACGCUGCCACCUCGCACUGGCGCAUCCAGACAAAUGACGGCGCCGCCGACCGCACGGCGCGCUACUUCCUCCUCUGCACCGGCUUCGCAGCGAAGCCGUACAUCCCCGCUUUCCCGGGCCUCGACACUUUCGCUGGAGUCUACUGCCACACGUCCAAGUGGCCGCAAUCCGGCAUCGACUACUGCGGCAAGCGCGUCGGCGUCGUCGGCAACGGGUCCAGCGGGUUGCAAGUCAUCCAGAGCGUUGCCCCGGACGUGUCUCAUCUGACCGUCUUCCAGCGCAGCCCGACGUACGCGCUGCCGAUGCGGCAGGGCCCGCUCAGCGUCACCGACCAGGACAAGUCGACGUACAAGGAGUUGCACGCGCUGCGGCGGAAGACGUUUGCGGGGCUGGACUACGAGUUCCGGCGGCAGAGCGCGGUGAAAGUGUCAGAGGCGGAGCGGGAGGAGUUUUUUGAGAAGAUUUGGGAAGAGGGGGGACUGGCGUUUUGGCUUGGGACGUACCAGGACGUGAUCCGGGACAAGGAGGCGAAUAGGUAUGCGUACGACUUCUGGCGCAGCAAGGUGCUGCCGCGUAUCGACGACCCGGAGAAGGCGAGGGUCCUGGCACCGGCGGAUCCGCCCUAUUUUUUCGGCACCAAGCGCGCGACGUUGGAGCAGCGGUACUACGAGGUGUAUAACCAGGGGAAUGUUGAGUUGGUCGACGCCAAGGCCAAUCCGAUUGCGAAGGUCGUUCCGGAGGGAGUCGUCACGGCUGACGGGGUGCUCCACGAGUUCGAUGUCUUGAUACUGGCGACCGGCUUCGAUUCCGUCACAGGAGGCAUCCUGUCCAUCGACAUCAAGGGGCAGGGCGGCGAGUCACUGAAGGACAAGUGGGCGAAGGGGACGUACACCAACCUGGGUUUGAUGACAGCAGGCUUUCCGAACAUGAUGUUCCUGUACGGUCCGCAAGGGCCGACGUCUUUCUGCAAUGGGCCCACUUGCGCUGAAGUGCAAGGCGAUUGGAUUGUCGACACGCUUUGUUACAUGAGAGAGAACGGGAAGGAGAAGCUCGACACGACGAAGGAAGCCGAGAAUGGGUGGCGUGCCCAUGUCAACCUGGUUGGCGACGGCACUCUUUUGCCAUACACCAAGUCGGAGUAUAUGGGCACGAACAUUCCUGGAAAGCCCAAGGAGAUGCUGAACUAUAUUGGAGGACUGGCCGAUUACACCAAACGCAUCACGGCUGCUAUCAACGGCGGAUUCCCCGGGUUCAUCGUGCAGUGA